AUGUCUAAAAAGUGGCUUAACCGCGGAUCUGCUGCUACAGGUAGUAGCACCACCACCACCACCACCAGCACCACCGGGAACUUGAGCGGCGAGGAGUGCAACAAAUUGCCCCAAUAUGAAUGCACCCUCUGCCAGACAAGGAUCAAACAGCGCAGCAGCUACAGGCGCCACAUGCGCGACCAACACGACAUUGACGUUCGCAUCUAUCGCUGUGGUUCGAAGUCGCUUCACAGCUUCAAGCAGGAUUUCAAGGAUUUAAAAUUUAUGAAUGUAUCGAGUCAACAGUUUGAAGAACUCAACAUUGAAGAGUUCAUCAUUGAAGAUACUAAAAUCAUGAAGAUUUCUCAUCAGUUAGCGUUGUGCUACUCCCUCAUGGAGCACUUUGACGGCCGGUCGGACGUGGACCUAAAAUGUCCGGACUGCGGAAAAAGCUACCAACAGAAGAGCAGCCUCGUACGACACCAGAAGUCCAGGUGCGGCACCGUCAAGCCCUACGUCUGCGAGAGGUGCUUGCGUUACGUCACCGACCAGCUGAGCAACCUCGAGCGUCACCUCAAGUCCUGCAAGAAGAGGACCCUGGAAGAGAGACAGUAUCAGCAAUUCGUCAACUCGAAGAGUUUGAUCUCGCACUCGUCUAAUUCACAUCGCCAUCGAUCGGCUGAGCGAUUGUCGCGAGAACACCUGCAUCAGGUUGUCCACGAAAGUUAUCGAAGAACUUCACUUUCGACAACAUCCGAAGAACCUGAAGAUUUUUCUCUUCACGACGUAGCGAAAAAUCAGCAAUUAUUUUUGAGAAAAGAAGUAAUUUUUGGUGAUGACUUAACAUCCAGGAGCUAUCAAGCCAGCACGGCUUCAGGCCACCUCGCUCAUAUUUUUGAGCACUAA